CAAUCUCGCGCUUCAUAAUCACGCUGCAAGUCGCGUCUGCGUGGCUGCCGCGCCAAUCCACAGGCUAUGCGCCUGCGGCAGUGAAAUUACGUGCAUGAGGCGGAAGCUCGUCUCAUAUCGUCGUCGACAUCCACUUCAUCUCGACUCGCCUACGCCGCCACCACAAACACCUGACGACCGAGUGGAAGACUCCUCACGAUGCCGGCUCAGCGACCACGGGCGUCGUUCGAGCCCAUCGCGCCGAAUUUCGACCUCAAAGCUCUCGUCGAAUCCACAGCGAAUUUCACAUAUGUCGACCGAAUUUCUUGCGAAAUGAUCGAAGCGCAAGGCAUGGCCGCCUUUGAGAAGCUCAUCUUGCUGCAUGUCAUCGUUGGAGGCAAGCCAUUGGUCAUCGAUGGAUUUGAGGAGAAACUGGACCCAUGGACAUUUACGCCGAAAUGGCUGCGCGACAAUUGCGGCGAGAAGGUCGAGAACGCUCGCAACUUGACUGCGAAGGAGAACCUCCCUCUGACCAUGGGACACUAUCUGAAGAACAUGGGCUUGCUCACCAAUCAGUUCUUCGACAAGCCUGGGGCGUAUAAGGAAAAGACUCGCCAGAGAGUGUAUCUGAAGGAUAUCGACUGUCCUCCGGUGUGGUGGGACAAGCUGAAAGAUCAUCUGCCUGCUGCUGUGACGUACCUGAACGAUAGUACGGGAGAGAUCGGUGGGCCUGGCGCAAAGCCAGAUCCCCAGAGCACAGUGCCUGGACGAAGGCUGGGCAAAGGUAUCGCCAGAGCUGGCGACUUGAUGAGCUCUCUGCCUCCUGAUAUGAGAGCAGAGAACUUGAUGUGCUACAUUGGACAUGAAGGGACAUAUACCCCCGCGCAUCGGGAGAUGUGUGCUUCGCUGGGACAGAAUAUCAUGGUAGAAGCGUCGGGCACCGUGUCCGAUGAUGGUAAGGCGGAGAAACCUGGAUCCUCCAUCUGGUUCAUGACAGAGUCCAAGGACCGUCACGCUGUUUCGGAGUACUUCCUGUCAAUUCUUGGCCAUGACAUAGAAGUGGAGAAUCACUUUGCUCAGGUUGUGGCGUGGAAGAAGGCACCCUUCUCGGUUUAUGUCGUGGAGCAGAGACCAGGAGAUUUCAUUCUCAUUCCUCCUCUAGCGCCACACCAAGUCUGGAAUCGAGGCACGCGAACAAUGAAAGUGGCCUGGAAUCGUACUACUGUUGAGACGCUCGAAAUGGCACUCAAUGAGGCUAUCCCUCGAAGCAGGAUCGUCUGCAGAGAUGAGCAGUACAAGAACAAGGCUAUCAUCUACUACACAUUGCAGAAGUAUCACAGCCUGCUCUUGGAUGCGCAGCGGCAAGCGAGCCUGAUGCCGAGAGACGCCGCUCAUUCGUUUUUGUACACCGGUAAGAUCAAGCAACUGACGAAAGACUUCAAGCGCCUGUUCGGACUGUAUAAGCAAAUUCUUCUUACCGAGAUGUUCUCGCCCGAGGAUCGCGACUCUCCCAAGAACCUAGAGUACCUGCCCUUCGACAGUAACGUCACAUGUGCUUACUGCAGAGCCAACAUCUUCAAUCGCUUCUUGACUUGUCCCUGCUGCAAAGACAUGCUAGGGCACAAUGCGGAUACUGAAGAUGGUGAUCCAUACGAUGUGUGUAUGGAUUGUUACGCCAUGGGGCGUUCAUGUUACUGCAUCAGUGGCCUGAAAUGGGUUGAACAAUUCAAGUGGAAAGAACUGGUGAGCAAGUAUGAGGUGUGGAGAAAGGUGAUUAUUGAUCUGGAUGGUGGUCAGAUCACCAGCAAGACACCAGUCCCGCUUAUAGAAGAGCGUAGACGCUAUGGCAAGAAGACUCUAGCCGAAGUUUGCAAAGAUCAGCUCAGGCGCCGCCCGUUCAAGGAUCCUCACAAGUCGGAUGAGCCAAAGGAGGACACUGAAUCAGAAGAGGAGAUUGAGGUCGGUGAUGACGGGACUGUGAAGAAGGUGACCAAGAAAAAGAGCAAGUCGUGGCUGAAGAACAACAAGGCCUGCCACAUUUGCUGCCACCGACACCCGGCCUGGAAGAUGGCGCAGUGCACAACUUGUGAUCGUGCUUGGUGCUAUGGGUCGCUCUUCCGUGGCUGGGACAAGAUGCCGCUAGAGAUUAUGGAGAACCCCGAUUGGUCAUGCCCACAUUGUCUGGAAGUCUGCUUUGCAGGUGCCUGCCGCCGCGAAGGGAAGAUGAUUCCUUACGAGCCGAAAGGUACUCUGCUUGGUCACGAUACUAAAAAAGUGGCCGAUGUCCGCAGCGUGGAAGUUUUAGUCGAUUUCUCUGUCAGCAAUCUCAAUUGGUUGAAAGAGGACGAACAGGGCAACAAGAUCGAGUCGCGCCGCAUGCAGAAAGCAAGGCAAGCAGGAGCCGACCUAGGAGAAAACAUGAACGAACUGCGACGAGAUCUAGAGAGGAGCGAUGAUGACGGCGGCGUCGACGGGACCCAACUCGAAAUGGAGUACUCCCCGGUCAGAGACGGCCCUCUGGAUCCGGCGCUCGGCGGGGACGCCAUCCCAUCCGGCAGCCGUCACAUAAUGAGUGGCGGGUUGGGAGAUUUGGACGAUGAGGCAGCUCUUGCGCGAAGGCUACAGCUUGCGAACGCCUCUUUGCCAGGAUCUGCUGGCAAAGUGGCCAAGUCGGCUGUUAAUGGCGGCGUGCCAGAGGGCUAUGCUCCUCUUACUGCUGCGGGCUACGCAGGCUACGCACCCGAGGCGAGCAUGUAUCCCGAUCCCGAUGGUGGAGCUUCAUACCACUACCCUGGACAGAACGGCGACGAUGACGAAACGCCAGGCACUGGUAAGAGAGACAAGGGGAAGAAACGCAAGAAUCGCAAGAGUGGCGAGGCCGAUGAUGACGACGAGGACAUUGCCAUGUCAAAAGCGCCAAAGCAGAAGAAGCCACGCCUACAAGCUGCUGGCUUUCGAUCCCAAGAUCUUGCUGAGGAGGCGACAGGUGCAUCAGCGUCGAAGGCGAAAAACGAGGCUCAGCGACAGUUCGAGAAGGAGAAGGAGCGGAAAGCAUUGGAAAAAGCUAAAGCGGAGGGGCGCUUCAUUAUGCUGCAAGCUGCGAUCAAAGGCAAAAAGCGUAUCGUCAGACUACCUAUUCCCGGCAAUCGGCUGGGGCAAGUCAUUGCACAGCAAGCUGCUAAAGCCGCCUUUACUACUGCCCAUGGGCCUGAAGCUGAUGCCGAACAUGAGAUGGAAGAUGGCGCAGAUGAGGAUGAAGAUCAGCACGGUCUGCUGCUGAAGUCCGACAUAGCACCCAAGAAGAACCCGGAAACACGUGAACAGAGGCUGCGCAAUGGCAUUAUUGUGUCCGGCGGCGCGAAGAAGGCACUCGUUCCCGUGGAUAACGAUGAGAGUUAUGGCUAUUCGUACCGAGAGAGGCUGCCGAAUGGUCAGAGAGUUAAGCGCGAUUUGACCAAACAGCAGCCAACACUUGCCAGCAACAAGGCACGUCGCAAGAGUCAGAAGCAAGCAACUGUGUAUGAGGAAGUGGAUAUCGGCUCUGACGACGAUGUCGGUGUGGGGGAGGAGAACUCGUUUGUUGCGAUCAACAGUACUGCCGGGCGGAACAGGCGGUCGCUGCCGGGUUAUUUGCAGAAUCGACAUGAAGACGGCGAUCCGGAUGCUCCAAAUAAGCUCCCCGACGACAUUCGCGACCGGUCACAGAAGCAACGACCUAGCUCUACCCAACGAAAGCGCCAAAGUGCGACUGGGCCGGACGCCCAGCUGAUACAGGAGACAGAGGACACCGCUUCAGCGUCUGCCGAUCCUUCGCCUGCGAAGAACUCUCCUCAACCCGCCGCACCCUCGUCCAAGAAGGCCGGCCGUCCCUCUUUUGGCGGCAAAGGGCCUGCGAUGCGCCCAUCAACUGUUAGUGAGCCUAUCACGAUCGAUGACAACGGUGAAAGCAGCGACGACGAUUUUCUCGACGAAGCUAUCAGCGAAGCUGCCAACGGCGAAGGAAUUCCAUCGAACGGUCUGCCAACCACAAACGGAUAUGCGUCUCAUUCAACAUCCUCGUCGAAGCCCAAGGGUCGGCCUUCGCAAGCAUUACCAUCGCAGGCAGAAUUGGCAGCAAAGCAGGCAGCAGAGGAAGCCCAGAAGCAAGCUCUGAUGCAAGCUGCUGAACAAGCCGAACAACAACGUGAACGGGACGAGGCCAACAGGCUCGCCAAGUUACAGGCGUUGCAAAUGCUCGAGAGCGGAGGCGACAUGGACUUGGAUGCUCUCGACAACAAUCGCGCGGGAGGAGGCGUCGAGUUUGCAGACCAAUUUGAGGACGAGAGCGAUGAUGGUGCAGACGAGAUCCCAGCACGCCCAGUCAAGGUCUGAUGAAUGCGAUGUCCAUUGCACUCUACAGUUGUAUUCCCUCAUUGGCAGCAUAGCGGUUUGGAAGCGAGAGUAUAGCUUGCAUUACCUUCAAGUCACUACUAUUUGGCAGAGCGUUUGUUUCUAUCCCUAGAGUAGUUAUUGAAAAGGACUGAUGCAGUUGUAUGUGUUGCAGAUUUCACUGUAUCAGUGCAGAGAUAGUCUGUAUCUCGCACUUGGCUUCAUCAUCAUAUACUCUCCAUGCCC